CAGUUGCCUGUUUACCCAACAGGCCUUAUGUUGGCCCCGUCCUCAACCAGAUGCAGGGGACACUGAAGAGACUUCACUGUCAAGAAGAAAGAUGGCUCCAACUUUGGCUUUGCUGUUCCUUAGUCAGCUAGCUUUGUACACAACCGUAACAUCUGUAAGAGUAUGUGGCCGACCUCCUGUCAAUGAUGGGAUUGACAAUUUGACCCUAAAACGGGUGUAUGAGGUUGGAGAAGAGGUGACCCUCACUUGCAAACGGGGGUACUUACCUUCAACAGCAACCCCUCGAAGAAUCACCUGCACCUCCACAGGGGAGUGGACACAGUCAGACCUGAAGUGUUCUCCUAAGAUGUGCCCAAUCCCUAAACCUCUGCAGCCAUUAGCAAUGGGGAGAACAGAAGCUCCAUUCAAGAGUGUGCUCAACUACACCUGUGAUGAUGGGUACGUCGUUCAGGGAGCCAAUGAGAGCAGGUGUUUACAUGAUGGUACCUGGAGCAAUCCACCACCUCGCUGCAAAGCUGUGAAUUGUCCCUUGCCCAUUCCACCUACACAGGGAAGAAUUGUCUAUGAUAAGCCAGUUGCUGAAACCACCACUGCAUAUGGACAAGGCUGGACAUACGUGUGUAACCCACCUAAGGCACCAAGUCAUGAGAGGGGAUACUGCAUGGCUGAUGGAAGAGCAACUGAGCCACCAGUGUGCCGAGAGGUGAGUUGCCCCAUCCCAUCAGGCAUACCAAAUGGCUUCCUCACCUUUGCUGUGAUGAGACAACAUGGCUACAAGGAGAAGGUUAAGUAUGCCUGCAAUGAGCACUACACUCUGGAGGGCGAAGCAGAGAUGCAGUGUCAAAACACGGGAAACUGGUCCUCUCAACCAGUGUGCAGGGCUCCCUGCACAGUUGGUAUCAAAAGAGGCCGCAUCUUCUACAAUGCCAAGAAGCUCUGGAUUGAAGAACUGAAGCCCAACAGGGUCCUCCACAGAGAACAUGUUGUCUUUUAUUGUCUGAACAGAGUUGACAGGUGUGGCUACCCUGUGGCCAGCACCUGUAAUGAUGGAACACUCCCCAUCCCAGAGUGCUUUGAGGAGCCAGGCAGGAUGGAGUACACCUUAAGGGCCAAAACACUUCCAUCGGAAAUUGAAAUGUGUGCUGCUUCACCCCCUGCAAGCCCUACAAGCUCUGCCAGAACUGUAUAAUUUUGCACAGAAUGACCUAAAACACCAUGUACACAAAAUGAAUUAUUGGAUCAUGAAGAAUGUAUCUCUAAGAACAUGUUACAAGACAGAAGCCACUUUUGUCAUCUCUUCUUAUCUUAUUUUCAGUUAAUAAUUGCAGUAAUUAUUAAUAAAACAAUAAAUGAGUUUUCAUUAAAGAUGUGAAAUUGUAGUGUGGUACAUCAGAAAGUCAAUGAUCUGAAGAACCCAUGUAGUUUCCAAUCUGCAAAGACAUAUUGUAUGUAUAUAUACAGCAUUGAGGUUAAAAAACUCAAAUAAAAAUAAAAAAUAAAAAACUCAA